UUUUUCAUCAUUUCUUCUCACACAAAAUACAAAGGAACAAGAGCUCUCUCUCUCUCUCUCUCACUCACUCGCCUUUUCUUGUUCCUUUGAAAUGAUCUCUCUCUCACACUCUAGAACAUAAACAUUCUUUCUUUGUUUCUUUAUUUGCAUGGCUCUAAACACUUUAAUGAAAAACAAACCUUACAAUGUUGUCAGUAGCGAGGGAAGCGGUGGAGACGGAAAUCCUCCAAGUUCACCACCAUCGCCACGGCGUCAGACAAGCGGUUUCUCUCAAUGCCGUCGGCGGCUCCGCUCGAAGGUUCCCUUACAGUAUUUCCGCAAAUACAGCAUAGCUGCCGGGAUUUUUGGCCGGCGGAACAUACAGUUCCUGCUGCUUCUGUUCUUUCUCUACUUUUCUGGCUUAAUGAUGUGCGUGGGCCGGUUCUCCAAUUUCUUGCGUCACUCUCGUGAGCCUAUUGCGAUCUAUAAAAGCCAUCUAUUGUUAGAGAAGUUUUGGCAUGAUAUCGAGACUGACAAUUCUACUGCUCUUGAGUUAUCUUCUGUUUGGCAAUUCAAAAGGAGAAUGAAAGUGCAGAAACCUUGUCCCGUGUCAACUGCUAGACAUUUGGGCUCAGUUGAAGUGUCAUCUGACCCAACGGGUUACUUAAUCGUUGAGGCAAAUGGCGGUCUGAACCAACAACGCUCUGCGAUCUGCAAUGCAGUUGCCGUAGCUGGAAUUUUGAAUGCAGUGCUGGUCAUCCCUCGUUUGGGUUACAACAGUGUCUGGAAGGAUCCAAGCGAGUUCAGAGACAUCUAUGAUGAAGAUCAUUUUAUAGCCACUCUUGAGGGUUAUGUGAAAGUGGUUAAAGAGUUGCCUGAUGAGUUGAUAUCAAAAUAUGACCACAAUAUUACUAAUAUUCCACACCUCCGUGUUGAAGCAUGGGCUCCUGCUAAACAUUAUUUAGGAAAAGUUUAUCCUGUCCUGCAGGAGCAAGGGGUCAUCCGCAUUGCACCCUUUGCCAAUAGACUGGCAAUGAAUGUCCCAUCUCAUAUUCAAUUGCUCAGGUGCAUAACAAAUUAUAGAGCAUUGAGGUUCUCUUCUCCUAUAACAACACUAGCACAGAAAUUACUAAACCGAAUGAUUGAGAGGAGCUCAAUGACUGGUGGAAAAUAUGUUUCUGUUCACCUUCGAUUUGAGGAGGACAUGGUGGCCUUCUCAUGCUGUUUGUAUGAUGGAGGAGAUGCUGAAAAGUUUGAAAUGGAUUCAUUUCGUGAAAAAGGGUGGAAAGGGAAGUUUAAAAAAAAAGAUCUUGACUUUGUAGCUGGUCGUAAUCGUAUUGAUGGAAAAUGCCCUCUGACCCCCUUGGAGGUUGGGAUGAUGCUGCGGGGCAUGGGAUUCGAUAACAACACUUCAAUUUAUUUAGCCUCAGGGAAACUUUACAAAGCAGAACAAAAUUUAGCUCCUUUGUUGAAGAUGUUUCCCCUUCUUUACACCAAGGAAUCUCUUGCAACCUCUGACGAGCUUGCUCCAUUUCAGGGCUAUUCUUCAAGGCUAGCAGCUUUGGACUACACUGUGUGUUUGUUCAGUGAGGUUUUCGUGACAACUCAAGGAGGAAACUUCCCACAUUUUCUGAUGGGUCACCGUAGAUUCCUUUUUAACGGGCAUGCAAAGACCAUUAAACCCGAUAAACGCAUGCUUGUUGGUCUACUAGAAAACAUGACAAUCAGGUAUUUUUUCCGUCAACUGCAUCCAUUCCUCUUUGUUAAUAAUAUACUUGUGCUACUUGGAACUACAACGUUGAGAAUUUUGGACUUGCAAUCUGCUUCUAUCUUUGAUUAUCUGUUGAUGACUUGAUAGAUAGCAGUUACAGUGGAAAACACUGACUGAAUAAUGUCUUGCGUGCCACUUAGAACUUUGGCAUGUUCUAUCAAAUGGUAGUCUGUAUAUUUUGAACUUUGGAAAAUUCUCCCGAGUUUGUAUUUCUCCAGUAUUUUAUCACAAACAUAGUAAACAUCAAUUGUUAAACCAUUUUAGAUAAGAGGAUAUAUUGUUUUAAGGUUUUUCAUUAACCAGGGAAGACUGCAGGUAAAGUGGUUUUGCUUUAUGUAUAAGUUAAAAACUAGAGUGCAAGAUACUACUGAGCUUUAGGAUUUGACAAAGGCCCAAUACA